AUGACCAACGUGCUGACCAAACACCUGACCAAUGCCAUGACCAAUGUGCUGACCAACGUGUUGACCAAUGUGCUGACCAAAGUGGUGACCAAGGUGCUGACCAAGGUGCUGACCAAAGUGGUGACCAAGCUGCUGACCAAGGUGCUGACCAAUGUGGUGACCAAUGCCACGACCAACGUGCUGACCAAGGUGUUGACCAAGGUGCUGACCAAUGUGAUUACCAAGGUGCUGACCAAGGUGCUGACCAAAGUGUUGACCAAAGUGCUGACCAAGGUGCUGACCAAGUUGAUGGUCACGGCAGCGAUGACAUGGGCACGGCAGCGAUGA